AUGAUCAAGUGUUUCGGAUAUUCUUCAGCUCCAUCUGCGCUUGAGAUACCUCGAACGUAUGACAUCGCAUAUGCAAAGUCUCGUUCCUUCCAGGAAAAGCCUGGCAACAACCGAUGGAAGCCGGACGACGUGAGAAGAGCUUUCCAUCUCCAGUAUACAGUCCCGGCGCAAGAUCUCUCGCUCUUCUGGCACUUGGUGGUUGAAAAAGCAGACUCAUUACAGAUUCCAACGCAGCGGGGAGAAAUAGUGACUCUCGAGGAGACCCUGAAUUUGUUCCAACAGACCGUCCUUCAGGCUUUUGAUCCUAUCCAUCUGGAUGUUCGCUCUUGCUGGCUUGACAUUCGGGCUCGCGACCACGUUACCAGUCUUCCGCCCCAUGAUUCUCUAGGAUCAGAGCUUUAUACUCUUUUAUGGAAGAGUCAAUGCCAUCAUCACCUUCAUGAGCAACUCUGCAAAAUUACUCCAAAAGCCCGACUCAGUGCCACAUAUUUCCGCAGCUUUCUCCUUCAACAUAUCGGGACCUACCAGUGUAAGGCCAAGCGUACUCGAGCCUCGAACCCAGGCCACCCUGACGAACGGAAGCCGGGGAUCAUUCUUGCCAAGGCUUACAACUGCAAUAAGGAGCUCUUUUCGGUCAUGUUUAGUGAUUAUGAUUUGUUUGGAUCUGGAUUCCUCCCGCUCCUCGCUCUUAAUGAAGAAAUGAUCAAUGACUUUUCAUCAGCAAACCAAGGCCGCAUCAGGCACCCACCUCCCGGCUUCAACGUAGCUCCUUGGUAA